AUGAAACACGCAAUGGUAAAUUCUGCCCUUGGUGAUGAUGUUUAUGGGGAGGAUCCAACAGUCAACGCCUUGGAGAGCAAGGUGGCUAUUCUUCUGGGUAAACAGGCUGCACUUUUUGUCCCAUCUGGUACAAUGGCUAACUUGAUUGCCGUAAUGGUGCAUUGUAAUAAAAGAGGCUCAGAGGCAUUUGUUGGAAAUCUAUCACAUAUCUACAAAUAUGAACAAGGAGGUGCAUCAUUUCUUGGUGGAGUACUUCUAAGUACACUGGAGAAUAAACCUGAUGGCACUUUUGACCUGGCAGAGCUAGAACACCGUAUACGAGGUGGUGACCUACAUGAAGCUGUCAGCUGUAUGGUCGCAAUAGAAAACACACACAAUGUGUGUGGCGGCAAGGUACUGCCUCAGGAAUGGGUGGAUAAAUUAGGCGAGCUCUGUGCUCGACGUGGACUCGCGCUACAUAUGGACGGCGCAAGGUUGCUCAACGCGAGUACUUACGCCGGCGAAUCGCCCGCGAGACUGGUGCAACCUUGCGACUCUGUGUCGCUGUGCUUUAGCAAAGGCUUGUCUGCGCCAGUCGGCUCGGUGCUCGUUGGUUCUUAUCAUUUUAUUGAGCAGGCGAGGCGCGUGCGCAAGGCGCUGGGCGGCGGCAUGAGGCAGGCGGGCGUGCUAGCUGCUGCGGCCGUCGUAGCGCUCGACGAGGUUGCGCCGCGCCUGCACUACGACCACAAGCGCGCACGGCUACUCGCCAAUACUAUCCAAGGUUUAUUCUUGAAGACAUUCUCAGUGGACGUGGAGGGUCAACACACCAAUAUUGUGCUGGUUAGAAUAUCAUCUUCGAGUCGACUCACAGCAGAUGUCGUGCUGCAGCGACUUGCGCAAGUCUGCCUGGCUGAGACUCAAGGCGAUUGCAAGACUCCAAAUGACGAAGGUGUAAUAGUAAAAGCGGUGUGCUUUAAUUCAAAGACCAUAAGGUUCACUUUACACCAUGACAUAACUGAUGAAGACCUUUGGCUUGCUAUCAUGAAAAUUGUUUACGUAUUUAAGGAGCUAGAAGCGGCCAAUCCGUUAAAUUGA